AUGUAUGAAGAAAGAGCUUCUAUGACUGACGAUUCCAUCCGCCGCUGCUCUUUGCCUUCUUUCAACUCCAGCAAUAGCAUGGCCGCCUCCGACGUUGGCGAGGAACGCCGACUGCCUCCUCUCCCCCAAAUUCUGCCGCUGCCACCGCGUGGUCCUUUCAACCCAUUCAAUGUGAAGGAUGCCCUGGUCCCGACUACUCCUAAUGUUCAAGAGACCUUCCAAUUCAAGUCGCCUUGGGCAGCUGCCGAGCACAUUGUGGCGCCUCCCUCGCCGGCCAACUCCGCUGAAAGCUCCUGGCAAGAAUCCUUUGCCAUGCAAAAGACCAGCUCCGUCAAAUGGCCCAACGAUCUUUCCCAGGCCGAGAUUAUGGCCUUGGUGGCCCCACAGAACCUGAACCGCAAGGCCCCUCUGCAGCAGCUUUGCGGCCGCAAGCGCAAGGGCAGCGCCCAAUCUAACGAAGACGAUCAGCGCGAGAAGCACCGCAUUGCCGAGGGCAACCGCCGCAGCAACCUGAGCGACCUGCACCGCCAGCUAGACAGCCGCAUCCACGACUACUUCCUCGAGCGCGCAGGCUGGAACCCAUCCAAGAGCCUUACACAAUCCAAGGAGCACAUCGUGCAAGGAGCCAUCUACCUCAUCGACUUCAUGCUCGCCAUCAUCGUCCACCUCAUCCGCCAGGAACAGGUCACACCGCAGCUCUCCGAGAAGCUGCAGCCGCAAGUCCGCUGCAUGCAGCUGCAGCAGCUGGUCAGCUCCCUGCAGCAGCAGAACCAGACGGCCCAGCAACAGCUCAAGGCCACCAAGGCCGAGAACGAGGUCCUCGCUGACCGCAACCGUGCCCUCGAGUUCCAGCUCAAGUCCUACGAGCAGAUGUUCCGCUCCCCAAAGGCUGAAAGCACUAGUCCCGCUCCCGUGCUCGAGUUCCCCGAACACAAGCGCCAGAAGAAGAAUGGUCUUCCCGGGAUGCGGGUCUUCUGCGAUGAGAUCGCUGCCAACUUGCACUCCGAGCCUUCAUACACUGCUGCAUAUGAUUCCAUGCCCAGCUCGGCCUCGCAGUCCUUCUCCAGCUCCUACCUCACUGCCACCCCUCCUACAACGGGCCCUUCUUCUCCUGCCUUCCCUCCCUCCCACCCAGCCUCCUUCACGUUCCCCGCGGCACCCCGUCGCCACUCUCUCAUUGCGUCGCCUUAG